AUGGCCGCAGAGACAGAAAACACGCUCCAAAAGGUCGACUCUCUCACGGAGGAGCUCAAGGAUGGCGCCGCCAAGAAGGGCCACCGCAGAGUCAGCUCCAUGGCGGCUGAUGUCUACCGCAUCGAGGACCUAGAAAAGGAGGGCAAGCACAUCGAGAUCUCAAUUGAGACGCAGAAGCUCAACUGGAAGCUGAACAAGUCUCCAAGCACUGUCGAGGACCCGUCAGUACUAAAGCUGCCACUCACGGAGCCCAAGCUCAAGUCCAUCACGCUGCACUUCCCGCUCGGCCUGGAAGUGGUUGCACGGAACAUGAAGGGCGUUACCAUCAAGGACGCGCUGGACGCCAUCCACAAGCAGUUCAAGAAGCGAGCCGACGACGAGUUCGAGAAGCCAUACCUCAUGGGGUUUGAGUGGGACCGGGAAGAGUGCUACACGCGCUUCAUCGUGCACCAGUCGGCGCACCCCACGGCACCCAACGCGUUUGCGUCUGGCGGCAAGAAGAAGAAGGCCAAGAAGGCCGAGGGCGAGGAGGGCUCCUAA